AUGCAGCAAAGCUUUCCAAGUGAGGACCGUGGGCCCUUGAUUGUCAUCAUCAAUGGUACCAUGACCGGGUUCACAGCGGCCAUCGUUGUGCUGCGAUUAACCAAAUAUGGCACAGGGAAACAUGAUGGCAUUCUUCCGAAUGCCGAUGCGUUACCAGCAGCCAAGAUUCGCUACGUCACUCACAUAAUAUACACCCUCAUUACUGGCCUGAUCAAGACGUCAAUCUGCCUAUUAUACCUGCGCCUCUUCCCGAAUCUUCGCAACAUCACUCUAGGCACCAUCGCUUUCAUCGCCGCCAUGAGCAUCGCCAUUAUCAUUGCCACCAUCUUCCAGUGCUCUCCAGUGGAUGCGGCUUACAACCCCCAAAAAUACGACCACUAUACGUGUUUCGCAUCUAUUCCAUUUUGGUAUACCACAGCCGCACUAUCACUGGCGACGGAUUUGUGGAUCCUAGUUUUACCGAUUCGGACAAUUUUAGGCCUACAAAUCGGACAGAUGAAACGCGCGGUCGUCAUCGGGCUAUUAUCCUUGGGAACAUUUGCCAGCAUUGCCAGCAUUGUUCGAAUGGUUUACAUCGUCAAGCUUUACGAGAGCACCGAUUCAAGCUGGAGCACAUUCGGCGUGUCCGUGUCGUCAGGCAUCGAAGUAGCUAUCGCUAUCGUUGCCGCCAGUUUGCCCAGCACCAAGCCAGUCAUCGAUUUGAUCUUCCCAAAACUGUUCUCUACCACUGCCAAGUCCCAUACUACUGGCGGAAGGUUGUAUCCCAUUCAGGCCUCAGGCCGCAGUCAUCGCCAGCAUGAUGAGAUCUCACUUGUUCAUUUGACUAUGGAAUGUGAUUCCGGGAAGGAUAACUCUACGACCGCAGUGUCUCAUGCUUAA